GCACAACUACCACAAACCUUUAUUUCCCCAAUAAUGUUCCAUAGGGAUUGCCACCACGUACAUUUUUAAUAAAAUCGACCUUAAGACAAAAAUUGUGCGGUGGAAAUGAACAAAAUGCCUCAUUUGAACGAGACCAAAAAUCUCACGGGUUGUGAUGAGUCAGAGCCCUGUUUAUUAGCUGUUUCCUAAUGCAUAAACCAGACUCUCUCUCAACAAUCGCUACGGAUUAACAUAAGCCCCGCCUCCCUUCUGAUUCGCUGUUUCCGUGCUCAUCCCGCCUCCCCGCCGUCUAGAUUGGCGGUUCCAGCCGCCCUCGCAGUUAGCGCGCUAGGAGAGAAGCAACCACGCCCGCAACGCGAGCUGAGCAACGCCGAAGAUAAUGGCAGGCUCGGCGUUGGCGGUUCGGACUCGGUUCGGUGUCUGGGGUAUGAGGGUCCUGCAAACCCGAGGCUUCGGCUCGGACUCGUCGGAGAGCAUGAAUUCGGGCUCUGGCUCCAUCCGAGAAGCUGGUGGGGCCUUCGGGAAACGAGAGAAGGCUGAAGAGGAUCGGUACUUCCGAGAGAAGACUAAAGAGCAGCUGGCUGCCUUGAGGAAGCACCAUGAAGAUGAGAUUGACCACCAUUCGAAGGAGAUAGAGCGUCUGCAAAAACAGAUCGAACGGCAUAAGAAGAUGAUUAAAAGCCUAAAGAAUAAUGAGCAUUAAGUGCACACAGUCAGUCUCUCACAGAGUGGCCAGUAUCAUUCCCCACUUCUAUAGAGAUUGUUUUGAAUGAUUAAUGUUUGACCUGUGUGCUACUAACAGAUAAUAAAUUAUCACCAGGAUA